GAUUUUCUCUCGUAAGGUCACUUUCAACUUUCAAAUCAAUUUCAUCAUGGCUGCGACUAUCUCCAUGGGCCAAUACUUGUUCUCGAGGUGCGCAUCACUCGGCGUGCAGCAUAUCUUUGGCGUCCCUGGCGAUUUCAAUUUAUCACUUCUCGAUGAGCUCUUCAAGAUGCCGAACUUGAAAUGGCUCGGAGCUUGUAAUGAACUGAACGCAGCCUACGCCGCUGAUGGGUAUUCACGCGUUAAGGGCACCCCGGGUGUUCUAGUCACUACGUAUGCUGUUGGAGAAUUGUCUGCCAUGAAUGGUGUUGCUGGAGCAUAUGCGGAACAUGCGGGAAUGAUUCAUAUUGUCGGGAUGCCAUUGAGACAACUGCAAAAAGCGAGGGCGAUGUUGCAUCAUACUUUGGAACCCAACAUGGACCAUUGUCUGUUUGUGGGUAUGGCCGAACCAAUCCGGAAAACCCACACUAUUCUUAUGGACGAAUCUACUAUGGCCGAAGAGAUGGAUAGAGUCAUCGAAGAAGGCGUAAAAAGUCGACUUCCUGUCUAUAUCUAUGUUCCAAUGGAUGUCGUAAGCGUUCCUCUGGAUGCCACUCGUCUCGAUGUUUCUUUGAAUCUCAAAAUCCAAAAUCCAAACGCGGAAUUGGAGAACGAGGUCGCGCGUUCGACCGUUGAACUCAUCAAAGGAUCAUCCAAGCCAGCCAUCUUAGCUGAUGUCCUAGCGAUACGACAUGGUGGAAGGGAUUUGGUUAGGAAACUUGCUCAGUUAACGGGAUUUCCGGUUCAUUCCACGCCGUUGUCCAAAGGGGUUAUUGAUGAGACAAAUGAACAAUUUAAUGGCUUGUACAACGGAUCAGUGUCAUUUCCCGGAGUGGCUGCCGAACUUGAGAGCUCUGAUUUAAUCAUCAACAUUGGGCCACUUCUCUCAGAUUCGAAUACUGGUGGGUUCACAAGGAACAUCUCAGACAAGCAGCUUGUCCUUCUCGGUCACGAUCAUUGUCAAGUUCAAGGCAGGAAAUUUGAUAGCAUGCACUUUCUGCCAGUUCUCGAGCAAAUUGUCGCAAAACUUGAACAAAAGCCAGAAGAUUAUCAGCUGUCGAAAAACAAAUCAUGGAAGAAGAUUGAGACGCCCGUCUUGAACUCCUCAACUUCGGGCCCCAUUACUCAGUCGUUCAUGUGGCAGCGCAUCGGCUGCUUCCUCAAACCCCACGACAUCGUCCUUGCUGAAUCUGGCACGGCUCAGUUCGGUAUGCCGGAUGCUUCUUUCCCAGCCGAUAUCUGUUACAUCACUCAAACCUUCUGGUCUUCAAUUGGCUACACUGUAGGCGCCUGCCUAGGUGCAUGUGUGGCUGCCAAGGAGAUGAAACGUCCAGGAAGGGUUGUACUUCUGGUAGGCGAAGGUUCACUGCAGAUGACAGUUCAAGAGAUCGGGUCAUAUAUUCGAUUCGGAUUCACACCCAUCAUCUUCGUCAUCAACAAUGGUGGAUACUCGAUUGAACGAGCUAUCAACGGAGAGAAGCAAGGAUACAACGAUGUCAGCAUGCUCUGGGAUCAUCAGAAGAUGCUAGAAUUUCUAGGGGCAAGAGAUGACACAGGAAUUAAGGGGAAGAGCUUCUCUUGCAAGACAGUUGAGGAGCUCGAAUCUGUCUUACACGACGAAGAGUUCAACCGAGCUGAGUACAUUCAAGUUUGCGAGGUUUUCAUGGAUCAAUUUGAUUAUCCAUGGAGAUUGUCAACACAGAUCCAGGAGACAAGAGAACGGAUGAAGAAGAUGCAGCUAGCAUGAUGAGGCUUUUUGAGACGUCAUUGAAGGCAAAUAUUAC